UCCAAACAGUCGGAGAAAAAGCCGCCGGGGAGGCUGCUUUGCAUCUUGUGUUGGAGCAUUUUUACUAAAGAAAAAAAACACUAAAUAAAUAGGUGGUGCAAACAGCAGCCAUGUCAGUGAAUUACGCCGCUGGACUCUCUCCGUACGCAGAUAAAGGCGUGUGCGGGCUGCCCGAGGUGUUUGACAGUCCUGAGGAGCUCAAGGUGAAGGUGGAGACUUUGGCUCAGCUCAUAAAGGAGUCGCAGUACCUGGUCGUCCACUCUGGAGCUGGCAUCAGCACCUCGACGGGCAUACCGGACUUCAGGGGUCCAAAGGGUGUGUGGACCUUAGAGGAAAAGGGUGAGAGCCCCCACUUUGACACCACAUUUGAGGACGCCCGGCCCAGCUUGACUCACAUGGCCCUCUUAGGGCUGCAGAGGGCCGGGUACCUCAAGUACCUCAUCAGCCAGAACGUGGAUGGCCUGCACGUCCGAUCCGGCUUCCCCAGGGACAUGUUAUCAGAGCUUCAUGGAAACAUGUUUGUAGAGGAGUGUGAGAAAUGUGGCAGACAGUACGUCAGAGAGAAAGUGAUUGGUGUGAUGGGGCUGAAGCCGACUGGACGUUAUUGUGAUGUGGUUCGCUCGCGAGGACUCAGAGCCUGCAGAGGGAAGCUGAUCAGCUCCAUACUGGACUGGGAGGAUGCUCUUCCACACAGAGACCUGACCAAAGCAGAUGAAGCCAGCAGACGAGCAGAUUUGGCACUGACUCUUGGGACCUCGCUGCAGAUCAAACCCAGUGGAGACCUUCCACUCCUCACUAAGCGCAAGGGUGGCAAAGUGGUCAUAGUGAACCUGCAGCCUACCAAACAUGACAAGCAUGCACACUUGCGUAUCCAUGGUUAUGUGGAUGAAAUCAUGAAGCAGCUGAUGGAGCUGCUGGGAUUGGACAUCCCAAAGUGGGAGGGUCCAACUAUCUGUGAAAGCUCCACAGCGCCCUCCGAAUCCUCUGCGGACUUCAAUGCAAUUAUUGCAAAGGAAGAGGUGAAAAAUGACAUUAAGAAGGAGGAGAGGAAAAGACUAGCCGAGCCACAAGCAGAUGAUGAGCAGGUUAAGGAGGAGACAGUUUCAGUAAAGAGGGAGAGAGCAGAAUCCCCAGCAGGGACAGACGAAGAGAAAUAGCUUCAUGUUUUCUCACAAUGCAGACCCGUCCAGAACUGAACUUUAUAAUAGAGGGUCAACCAGUUCCACAGGGAAUAGGGGUUUCUCAUCUGAUACCCUCCAGAGAAGAGUCUCUGUUAGGACUGUAUUGGUUUUGUUAAUCCCACAUCUCUUCAAGUAAUCACACAGUGCUGUGAUCAAGGAUGAAACUGAUCGAUGGAGGACUCCUCAACUGAAGCCUCACUCACUGACUUCCUGAUAUAGUAGCAUCAGCUAAGUGGUUGUGUAACAAGGAUAACUGCACUGUUUUAAGGUGACUAAGAUGACAUUGCUUCAGGUAGGUGUUCAGGUGGAAAUGUUUACCAGCACACAGGCUGUGAUGUAACCGUCCCUCAUGCUAUUAAACCUAGAAACACAACUAUGAUACUUAAAUAAGAGGGCUUGGGAAAGAGUUGGUACAUCUCUGAUGGUGUCGAGUGGGUCCCUCUCAAUUUGUUUGAAUGCAAGUGGCUACAUGCUGCUGGCUGAGACUGGGGUUAAACCACCUUUUGUGUGUUGGCCAGAUUCACUUGAAAUUUAAAAAAGCUUUUCAGUGGAUCAUUUUUUAUCAAAAUUAAUUAAGGGUGCUCUAAUUUAUCCCCCAAAAUGACAGGAUACCCACUCAAAGUUAUCAAACCGCUCCUCUAAAACGGACAGAGGAGUAUCUGGUUGCAGUCAGUUUGGUAUAAAAAGGAAAACCAUGGUUUGUAUUAAUUGUUCUUGUUUAUAGCAUGAGGAAAAGAUUCUUUGUCCUCUAGUGUGAUGUAUGUAUGUUUACGCCUGUUUUCAAGUUUAAUGGAACACCUGCUGCAGAUCGGCUGUGAGUGGAUGAGAGUCAUGCUGUGCAUUUCCAAGAAAAUAGUCUUCUUCUCAGGAGAAAAGCACUGUACUCAAACAUUAUAUUCAAUGUUUGUUAACUUUUUAUACAGAUUUUUUUGGACAAUAAAGACAGCAUUAACAGUC